AUGUUCCCAAAACAAAAAGAAGUUGGUUGGCAUUUUUUUUUCUUUAAACAGGGGAGAAAUUAGGGGGAAAAAGGGGUAGGAGGCUGAGUAUAGAAGAAGGGAAGCUAGGGAUUUGGAAGCCAAAUGUAAAUUCACCAAAUGGAGAUGUCCAGGAAGAGUUAUCAUUAAGUACUGCAGUUAAUGAGGAGCCCAAGGUUAUAUUGUUAUAUGUUUGAGCUAGGACAGAGACUGGUAGCAGACAUAGUAGGAUGGGGUAGAGAGAAUUAGGAUAAGCAGAAGCCAUGAAUACAGGUUCUACUUUGUCUGAAGGUUUAACAUGGAUUAUAGAAGUCGAACACCUGUAUAAGAUAUAGACUUUCAAUGAAGCGCAAGAAUCACGUCGACCAUAUAUGCUUAAAAAAUUAAAGGUCUUGCUCAGGUUACCAGUCCCUUUCUUUUCUACCUUUAUAAAGCUUUCUAUGAUUUUUCUUAAUAGACUUCCAUUUCAUUUACGAAAUAAAGAUGUGUACAAUCCAGGAAUUAGGAAGAUGGAACUUCAAAUAUUGUUCGUACACUUGGAGCAUUAAAGUUAUGGUAGGAGAAGAGAUUAGAGGUUGGGAUUUGAAAACCGAACCUGGGGAGGUACACCUCCCAGGGGAGGACUCAGGAGGCAAGCCACACUCCCAUGCCCGUGGGUGUAUGAUGGGGACUUUUCAUUAUAAGAAUCCCUCCGUGUACAAGAUAACUGUUUUUCAUAUCAAGCACUGGUUUUUUCCAACCCAAAAGUGAAAGCUGUGAGAGUUUCCUUCAUAUGUCAAUCUGUCAGCACCAUUUUAUUUUCAUUCUCUUCAUCUUGUUUGUAAUUCUUCCGAGCUGAGACAUAUGAGCUCUUGCAAUAGAAUUCCAAAUGUUUG